ACGAUUCUCUCUCCAAUGGCUCAUCUGGCGCCUGCGCCUUGCGUUUCCCCGCUCCUCCUCCUCCCCCUCCUCGUCAUCCUUCCGCUCCACGCCGCCGCCACGACGUCCGCCCACCCUGCCUACCCCGACGAGCCGCCGUCCUGCGCCGCGGUGGCGGCGGCCGACGAGGUCAUGCUGGUGCCGGAGCGGCGGGAGGCGCACGGCGAGGGGCGCAUCCUGGACAUAACACACUACUACCGGGAGGACAUGCCGUCGUGGGAGUCAGACGGCGGGGUCGGCCAGUUCCUGUGGCUCCCCGCCUCGAUGCGCAACGGCUCCCGUGCCAACAACUCCGAAAUGCGGUUGCCCACCCACACCGGUACCCACGUCGACGCCCCGGGCCACGUCUUCCAGCAGUACUUCGACGCCGGCUUCGACGUCGACUCCCUCGACCUCGACGUGCUCAAUGGUCCAGCAUUGUUAGUUGAUGUUCCAAGAGAUGAUAAUAUAACAGCUAAAAUGAUGGAAUCAUUACAUAUUCCUAAAGGAGUUCAACGUGUGCUAUUUAGAACACUAAAUACUGACAGGCAACUAAUGUGGAAGAAAGAGUUUGACACAAGUUAUGUGGGUUUUAUGGAGGAUGGUGCACAAUGGUUGGUAGAUAACACAAAUAUUAAACUUGUUGGAAUAGACUAUUUGUCUGUUGCAGCUUUUGAUGACUUGAUCCCAUCACAUUUAGUUCUUCUAAAAAACAGGGAUAUCAUUCUUGUUGAGGGCCUCAAAUUGGAAAAUAUCAUGCCUGGGAUAUACUCCUUGCACUGCCUGCCACUUCGUCUGCGUGGUGCUGAAGGUUCGCCAAUCAGAUGCAUCCUUAUAAAGUGAAAAGGGCUAGGGUUCAGUGCAGUUGCUAGUGUCAAUGCAACUUAAGUUGCACUAGCACCGCAUGAUGCAGGUCUGCCAAAUAAAAUUGUGUCAUGGCACGCUAAGUUCUUGGAUUUGGAAGCCAUCCAGCAUACUUGUAAAACCUAACGGCUAUUGAAGAAAACUGCAAUAGGCACAUUCUGUGACUUGUCUUAUUCUUGUGGAAAUAAGAGUGCUUCUCAGCAGAAAUGGUUUCUCA